AUGCAGCAGCGGGAGCUCGCGGAGAAGAUGCUGCGGAACACGGGCCGGGAAAAAAAAGACCUUCAGGAGCAGCUCGUGGAGACCAUCAGCGGCUUCACCGACGUCAUAGACGGGCUCCAGGAGCAGUGCGCCGAGGGGGUCCGCACCACGUCUUCUUCGCUGGGCCCCCCCGACGAGGAGGGCGCGAGGGAGCAGCUGCGGGAGCUGGCGGCGCAGAACCGCAGGGCCCAGGCGGAGCUCCAGAGCAUGCAGCAGCGCGAGAAGCUGCAGCGCGAGAGGGCGGAGAACGCCGCCGCCCGCCAGCCCGGGGUGCACGAGCAGCUGCGGCAGCUGCGCGAGGAGCGCGACGCGCUGCGGGCGCAGCUGGCGGGCGCGGGCGCGCCCUCGGCGCCGCAGUCGGCCCGGGAGCAGUCCGAGCAGGCGCUCGCGCAGGAGCUGAAGCGCUUCCGGCAGGACGUGGAGGGGCUCCACCACCAGAAGGAGAGCACCUCCUCCGGCAGCUGCAGGACCGGGACCGCGAGCGGCAGGAGCUUCAGGACAGCUUCAUAUACGUGA